GGAGUGGCCUCAGCUCUGCUUUGACCAAGAUAAAAGGUGGGGAGAGCAGGCCCCAGACUGGCGGGAGGGCUCAGCCUUGAGAUUAUGCUGGAGACACAACAAGGGGUGGGCAUGCCCUAGGCGGGUCAGAGCAGGGGCUCUCGAGCUCAGAGACCCAAGCCUUGCAUUCCCGGCGCCCCUCCGAGCUCCUCUCCCCAUGGACCGCACUGUGGUGCUCAUCACGGGCUGCUCCUCUGGCAUCGGCCUGCACCUGGCUCUGCGUCUGGCAUCCGACCCCUCCCGGAGAUUCAAAGAUCCUUGUCUUCUCCCUGAACCUCCAGUGUAUGCCACGCUGCGGGACCUGAGGGCGCAGGGCCCGCUGCGGGAGGCGGCCCAGUCCCGAGGGUGCCCUCCUGGCUCCCUGGAGAUGUUGCAGCUGGAUGUGAGGGACGCAGAUUCCGUGGCCGCUGCCCGGGCACGCGUGACCGAGGGCCGCGUGGACGUGCUGGUGUGUAAUGCGGGCCGGGGCCUGCUCGGGCCGCUGGAGGUGCAGGAGGCUGGCGCCGUCGGGUCUGUGCUGGACGUGAACGUGGCAGGGACGGUGCGGACACUGCAGGCCUUCCUGCCGGACAUGAAGCGCCGCCGCUCGGGACGCGUAUUGGUGACGGGGAGCAUGGGUGGCUUGAUGGGGCUGCCAUUCAACGCCGUUUACUGCGCCAGCAAGUUUGCGAUCGAAGGUCUAUGCGAGAGUUUGGCGGUUCUGCUGCCGCCCUUCGGGGUCCACGUGAGCCUCAUCGAGUGCGGCCCGGUGCGCACCGCCUUCCAGGAGAAGCUGGAGGGCGGCCCGGGCGGAGCGCUGGACGGCGCGGACGCCGAGACCCGCGACCUCUUCUCCCGCUACCAGCGCCAUCUGGAGCGGAUCUUCCACGAGGCGGCGCAGGACCCGGAGGAGGUGACCGAGGUCUUCCUCGCCGCGCUGCGCGCCCCACGCCCCGCGCUGCGCUACUUCAGCACGGAACGCUUCCUGCCCCUGGUGCGCAUGCGUCUCACCGACCCCAGCGGCCGCAGCUACGUCGCCGCCAUGCACCGCGCGGUGUUCGCCGACGACCCCGCCGAGGAGUCCGCUGCCGACCUGCGCGGCCCCGCGCUCGGCGCUCCUUCCGCCACCCCGCAAUAAAGGCUUGGCCCGC